GACACAAAUUCUUCUCAAUUUCGGAAUUUCAGUGACAUUCAAAAUAAUUCUAAAUUAUUAUCAAGUACUCGAUAAGAUCUCAGUCAGUUAAUUAUAGUAACAAUAUGCAUAAGAAUGAGACGCGUACAGGAUUAAAUACAAAAAGUUAAAAUUAAAAACCUAUGUAAACGAAAUCUGAGAACGAAAGUAAAUUUUUUGGUGCAUUAAUCACUACAAAGUUCUGCCCUGAAUUCUACUGCCGCUGUGUUGACAACUUCUAAAUCGAGCUUGAAACGAAGACAUUUCACAAUCGUUCCAUUAAAACAGUUUCAACUUUUAUCGGAUGGUCUUCAAUCAAAUUUUCAAAUAUUUCCAGACACAUCAAGCAAUUACAAAUCCUAGAUGGGAAAACUACUAUCAAAAAUAUUCGGCAACAAAGAGAUGAGAAUCUUGAUGCUAGGACUUGAUGCUGCUGGAAAAACAACAAUUUUAUACAAACUAAAGUUAGGACAGUCUGUAACAACAAUUCCAACAGUAGGAUUCAAUGUUGAGACGGUUACAUAUAAAAAUGUAAAAUUCAAUGUAUGGGACGUUGGGGGACAAGACAAAAUCAGGCCACUUUGGCGGCAUUACUACACAGGUACACAAGGUCUCAUUUUUGUUGUUGAUUGUGCCGAUAGAGAUAGAAUUGAUGAAGCACGACAAGAACUGCAUCGAAUUAUAAACGACAGGGAGAUGCGUGAUGCAAUCAUCCUAAUAUUUGCCAAUAAACAAGAUUUACCUGAUGAAAUGAAGCCACACGAGAUUCAAGAGAAACUAGGUUUAACUCGAAUCCGAGACCGAAAUUGGUACGUGCAACCUUCAUGUGCUGCAAACGGCGAUGGCUUGUUCGAGGGUCUCACUUGGCUAACAUCUAAUCACAAAUUAUGAGAAUAGAUCUAAUUUCUUCGUCGUUAUUAAAGAUUAUUAUUAUUACUACUAUUAUAAAUUUAAAUAUCCUACUAAGUGAAGUCCUAUGAAAAGAAACGUUUUGCUUCGUUCAACAAUAAAUUUGUCAAAUUUUAUUUUAAAUUCGAAACUUUAUUUAAGAUUUCUUUCGCAAAUGUUUAAAAAAGAGAGAAAAUCUAAGCACAACAUAAAUAAAUUACUCUAAAUUAAAAUAAUGAUGAUGAUGAUGAUUAAUGAUUGAUGAUUGUUAAGCCUCAUGUUAUGCAUUAAGAGACGAUCAAUUGAAAUUAAACGAAAACUUAAAGUUCGAACAAGAACAAAUCGAUAGCUAACAACAUGCACAUACAUAAAUUCAUAUUAACGACAACAUAUUUAUGCUAAAAAUCAAUUUUAGACAGAAACAAAUUUAAAGAGUGAGUGAGAUAGAGAGAACUACUAAUUUGCAUGUUGUACAUAAAUUAAUCAUUUAGUGAAAAACGAAAAGGAAGAAGAAGAAGAAGUUAAUUUUGUAAUCAACUUUCAGCAGAUACGAAGCUUCUUAUCAGUUAGCAAUUUAAUUACACACUUCAAUGAAUCACAUCAGCAACAACAAAAAAAAACGAUUCUCGUUAUCUUUGCACUCAAUUAGAAGAAUCAAAGUCAGUUCCCUCCUUGCCCCAACUCCAUCCAAGGUUCGAUCAACGAUCGACUAUCUCACUCUCUCGACCAUUGUUGGCAACAAACUUCCAUUAGUCGAUCACAAGAAAUAAUCUCGAAAAUAUUCAAGUUUGAGCAAGGAGUGAACGAAUAAUCAGAAAUGACUUUGAAAUUCUUAGGUUCGCCAAAAAUAUUAAUUAGAUUAAAUAAUUGAGAAAAGUCUGGAAAGCAAAAUCAAUUCACGACCUAAAUUAAACUUAAUUAAAGCGACUUCAUUUCAUUUAGCGACUAUCGACAUUCCAUUUCCACCAAAUUUUUGCCUAAAGAACUUUCGAUUAUUAUUUUCUAUUUAGAAUGAAUAAAUUUAUCGUUUUAUUAUUCCAGCCAUAAUACAUUUGAGAAUUCUAUCAGGAAACGCGAACGCCUAGGGUGUCAUUGAAUAAAUUGCUUAACGAUUUUUCUCUUUCCAGUAAAAGGAAAAAAAUAUUUUCAGUUUCAUACUUAAUUAAGCUAAUCAAACAGUUUAUUUUGUAAUAAAAUAAAUUUCAGCCUUCACCAUAAAUAAAAAAGAAAUAUUUUGAAUCGUCAAAAGGAAAAGUAAUAAAAUGUAUUGUUCACAU